UUCCUGUACGACACAGUGGUGACCAUGGGAAGAGAAUGUUUAUCAUCAAGGCAACAAGUUUUUAUGAUUCUCGAUUUUUGAGCUUGUUGAGAUACUAUUUAUUCCUGACGGGAAUACCAGUGGCUGUGCUCUUGACAUACAUCAACGUCUUCGUUGGUGAAGCUGAACUUGCAGAGAUUCCUGAAGGUUAUGUUCCAGAGCACUGGGAAUACCACAAACACCCCAUAACCCGCUGGAUAGCUCGUUAUGUACUUGACCCCCCUGAGAAGAACUAUGAGAAGGACAUGGCCCUGCUUGCUGUGGAAGUGAGGAAAUCUGAGCUGAGGCUGCUGGAGCUGGAGGCACGCAGACUGAUGAGACACCGGGGAGAUGGGCCUUGGUACCAUUAUGAAACGCCUGACAAAAAUCUUGUUGACAAUUCUAUGAAAGCCACACCUGAUAAUUAAACAAUUUUUGAGCAGUGUGCAAGGUCUUCAGUGCAUACUGACAAAUUGUGACUGUGCUGUGGAACAGACAUCCUGCUGUUUGCUGAUGGAAAUGAAUAAACAGUGUUUGUGUUGAUUCCAGUA